AUGGCGAACCUCGGAGGCGGCGCGGAGGCGCACGCGCGGUUCAAGCAGUACGAGUACCGCGCCAACUCGAGCCUGGUGCUCACGACCGACUCGCGCCCGCGGGACACGCACGAGCCCACGGGCGAGCCGGAGACGCUCUGGGGCCGGAUCGACAAGCGCAGCUUCGGGGACCGCGCCGUGCAGGCCAAGCCGCCCGAGCUCGAGGAGCGGCUCACCAAGUCGCGCAAGAAGAAGGAGCGCGACUCCUCCUCCGCCUCCGCCCCCGACGCCGACGACCUGCCGCGCAAGCGCAGGCGCCGCUCUGCGGCCGCCCGCGAGGAGAGCGUGCUCUCCCUCGCGGACGACGUCGUGUACCGGCCCCAGACCAAGGAGACGCGCGCCGCCUACGAGGCCAUGCUCAGCGUCAUCCAGCAGCAGUUCGGGGGCCAGCCCAUGGACGUGCUCGGCGGGGCCGCCGACGAGGUGCUCACCAUCCUCAAGAACGACAAGAUCAAGAACCCCGACAAGAAGAAGGAGAUCGACAAGCUCCUCAACCCCAUCCCCACCCAGAUGUUUGAGCAGUUCGUCUCCAUCGGGAAGCUCAUCACCGAUUUCCACGACGCCAGCGAUCCCGCCUCCGCGUCCUCUGGUGGUGACGGUCUUGAAGCGACCAUGGACGAUGAUAUUGGAGUUGCUGUCGAGUUCGAAGAGGACGACGAUGAUGAGGAAAGUGAUUUCGAUCAGGUGCAAGACGAGUUGGACGAGGACGAUGAUGACGCGGCGGAGCUGAACCGUCCAGGAGGCAUGCAGAUGGGCGGCGAGCUGGACGACGAUGACAUGCAGAACUCCAACGAGGGGCUCAACGUGAACGUGCAAGACAUCGAUGCUUACUGGCUUCAGCGAAAGAUAACGCAAGCAUACGCUGAUAUCGACCCCCAGCAGAGCCAGAAGCUCGCCGAGGAGAUCUUGAAGAUAAUCGCGGAGGGCGAUGACAGGGAUGUCGAGAACCGCCUUGUCAUGGAGCUGGACUAUGAGAAGUUUGACCUCAUUAAACUGGUACUACGCAACCGGUUCAAGAUAGUCUGGUGUACCCGCCUGGCAAGGGCUGAAGAUCAGGAAGAGCGGAAGAAGAUAGAGGAAGAGAUGAUGGGUAACCCAAGCUUAGUUCCGAUAUUGGAGCAGCUACAUGCGACCAGAGCCUCUGCAAAGGAGAGGCAGAAGAAUCUGGAGAAGAGUAUCAGGGAUGAGGCAAAGAGGCUUCUAAACAAUGAUGGUGCUGGUGCUGAUGGUCCGAGGGAGCGUCGGGCUGUUGACCGGGAUACGGAGAGUGGCUGGUUGAAGGGCCAGAGACAGUUGCUUGAUCUUGACAACCUCUCUUUCCACCAAGGUGGUCUCCUGAUGGCCAACAAGAAAUGUGAACUUCCUGAUGGAUCGUUUAGAACCCCUCAUAAGGGGUACGAGGAAGUGCAUGUGCCAGCAUUGAAACCUAGGCCAUAUGGAACUAACGAGAAGAUUGUGAAGAUAUCUGAUAUCCCAGCGUGGGCUCAACCGGCUUUUGCUGGAAUGCAACAACUGAACAGGGUUCAGAGCAAGGUUUAUGAUACCGCCCUCUUCAAACCAGAUAACAUCCUUCUCUGCGCUCCAACUGGUGCUGGUAAAACAAAUGUGGCUGUGCUUACAAUCCUUCACCAAAUUGGUCUGCAUAUGAAGGAUGGUGAGUUCGACAAUACCAAGUACAAAAUCGUCUAUGUGGCCCCAAUGAAAGCUUUAGUUGCUGAGGUUGUUGGAAAUUUGUCCAAGCGGCUGCAAGAUUUCGGUCUCACUGUUAGGGAGCUCAGUGGAGACCAGAACCUGACGAAACAACAGAUUGAUGAAACACAGGUCAUUGUUACAACACCUGAGAAAUGGGAUAUUGUCACGAGGAAAUCAGGUGACCGAACGUAUACUCAGAUGGUAAAGCUUCUGAUCAUUGAUGAGAUCCAUCUACUUCACGAUAACAGAGGGCCAGUCCUGGAGAGUAUUGUUUCUAGAACAGUUCGGCAGAUUGAGACAACCAAGGAACAUAUACGCUUAGUUGGUCUCUCUGCAACCCUCCCGAACUAUGAAGAUGUUGCUGUAUUCUUGCGUGUACGCUCUGAAGGUCUCUUCCAUUUUGAUAACAGUUACAGACCUUGUCCUCUUGCGCAGCAGUACAUUGGGAUCACUGUAAGGAAGCCACUGCAGAGGUUUCAGUUGAUGAAUGAGAUUUGUUAUGAGAAAGUAAUGGCUGCUGCUGGUAAGCAUCAAGUGCUUAUAUUUGUGCACUCUAGGAAGGAGACAGCAAAAACUGCUCGUGCCAUCAGAGAUACUGCCUUAGCUAAUGACACAUUGACUCGCUUUCUGAAGGACGAGAGUGCAAGCCAGGAGAUUCUUGGCAGUCAGGCAGAGCUUGUCAAAAGCAGUGAUCUUAAGGACCUUAUGCCAUAUGGGUUUGCUAUUCAUCAUGCUGGGAUGGGAAGGGUGGACCGUGAAAUGGUUGAAGAGCUCUUUGCUGAUAAGCAUAUACAGGUCCUUGUUUCGACAGCUACCCUUGCAUGGGGUGUCAACUUGCCUGCUCACACUGUUAUUAUAAAGGGUACUCAGAUUUAUAAUCCGGAAAAAGGUGCUUGGACAGAAUUAAGUCCUCUGGAUGUCAUGCAGAUGCUUGGUCGUGCAGGUAGACCUCAGUAUGACACACACGGAGAGGGAAUAAUCUUGACUGGCCACAGUGAAUUGCAAUACUACCUCUCCCUUAUGAACCAACAGCUGCCUAUUGAGAGUCAGUUCAUAUCCAAAUUGGCAGAUCAAUUAAAUGCAGAGAUCGUUUUGGGAACUAUUCAGAAUGCUAGGGAAGCAUGCUCGUGGCUUGGCUACACUUACCUCUACAUACGGAUGCUUCGGAAUCCAACACUGUAUGGUUUACCAGCAGAUAUCAUGGAGACAGACAAAACACUAGAUGAAAGGAGAGCUGACUUGGUACACUCUGCUGCAAAUUUGUUGGAUAAGAAUAAUUUGGUGAAGUAUGACAGGAAAACAGGAUACUUUCAGGUUACUGACCUUGGAAGGAUUGCCAGUUAUUACUAUAUUAGUCAUGGGACUAUUUCGACAUAUAAUGAGUAUCUCAAGCCCACAAUGGGUGAUAUUGAGCUCUGUCGCCUGUUCUCCCUGAGUGAAGAGUUCAAGUAUGUUAGUGUCAGGCAAGAUGAGAAAAUGGAGCUGGCAAAACUUUUGGAUCGUGUGCCAAUUCCUGUAAAAGAGAGUCUGGAGGAGCCCAGUGCAAAGAUUAAUGUUCUGCUGCAAGCAUAUAUAUCUAGGCUGAAAUUGGAGGGCCUCUCUCUUGGUUCUGAUAUGGUCUACAUCAGACAGAGUGCUGGACGCCUCUUACGAGCACUAUUUGAGAUAGUUUUGAAGAGAGGAUGGGCUCAAUUAGCGGAGAAGGCUCUCAAUCUUUGCAAGAUGAUUGAUAAGCAGAUGUGGAGUGUCCAAACACCCUUGCGCCAGUUUCCUGGUAUUCCAAAGGAAAUCCUGAUGAAACUGGAGAAAAAAGAGUUGGCUUGGGAGAGGUACUAUGACCUAUCAUCACAGGAAAUCGGUGAGCUAAUUCGUUUCCCAAAGAUGGGGAAGCAGCUGCACAGGUGCAUCCACCAGUUACCAAAGUUGAACCUGUCUGCCCAUGUUCAACCUAUUACUCGCACAGUUUUGGGUUUUGAAUUGACAAUAACACCUGAUUUCCAGUGGGAUGAUAAGGUACAUGGAUAUGUUGAGGCCUUUUGGGUUAUAGUUGAGGACAAUGAUGGCGAGUACAUUCUUCACCAUGAGUACUUCAUGCUUAAGAAGCAGUAUGUGGAUGAAGAUCACACACUUCACUUUACAGUGCCAAUAUAUGAGCCAUUGCCUCCUCAGUAUUUUAUACGUGUUGUGUCUGACAAGUGGCUUGGUUCACAGACAAUUCUUCCUGUCUGUUUUAGGCACUUGAUUCUUCCAGAAAAAUAUGCUCCUCCAACUGAAUUGCUUGAUCUGCAACCGCUACCUGUUACUGCAUUGAGGAAUGCACGAUAUGAAGGUCUUUAUAGUGCUUUUAAACAUUUCAACCCCAUCCAGACUCAAGUGUUCACUGUCCUGUAUAACAGUGAUGACAGUGUGUUGGUUGCUGCGCCAACAGGCAGUGGCAAGACAAUAUGCGCAGAAUUUGCUAUACUAAGGAACCAUCAGAAGGCAGUAUCUGGGGAAACUAACAUGCGGGUUGUGUAUAUAGCUCCUAUUGAGGCUCUUGCGAAAGAAAGAUUCAGGGACUGGUCAAAGAAAUUUGGAGAAUUUGCCCGUGUAGUGGAGCUAACUGGUGAAACUGCAGCUGAUUUGAAGCUUCUUGACAAAGGGGAGAUCAUUAUUAGUACUCCUGAAAAGUGGGAUGCACUUUCUCGACGCUGGAAGCAGCGAAAGCACAUCCAACAAGUCAGCUUAUUUAUUGUUGACGAGCUUCAUUUAAUUGGAUCUGAAAAGGGACAUGUCCUGGAAGUCGUUGUUUCUCGGAUGAGGCGUAUUUCAAGCCAUAUUGGCAGUAACAUCCGGAUUGUGGCGCUUUCAGCAUCACUUGGAAAUGCUAAAGAUCUUGGAGAAUGGAUCGGUGCCACCUCUCAUGGUCUUUUCAACUUCCCUCCAGCAGUGCGGCCAGUUCCAUUGGAAAUACAUAUUCAGGGUGUGGAUAUAGCAAAUUUUGAGGCAAGAAUGCAAGCAAUGGCAAAGCCUACAUACACUGCUAUCACACAACAUGCAAAGAGUGGUAAGCCUGCCCUGGUGUUUGUACCGACACGUAAGCAUGCAAGGUUGACUGCAUUGGACCUGUGUGCAUACUCAAGUGCUGAGGCUGGUGGAACGCCAUUCCUUCUUGGGUCGACAGAUGAGAUGGAUACUUUUAUUGGAGGUGUCAAUGAAGAAACACUUCAAAAUACACUGAGAUGCGGUGUGGGCUACUUGCAUGAGGGCCUUAGUGACCUUGACCAGGAACUUGUAACCCAGCUUUUCCUUGGUGGGAGGAUCCAAGUGUGUGUUGCAAGUAGCACAAUGUGCUGGGGGAGAUCGUUGCCUGCUCAUCUAGUUGUUGUGAUGGGAACCCAAUAUUAUGAUGGCAGGGAGAGUGCUCAUACUGAUUAUCCAAUCACUGAUCUGCUACAGAUGAUGGGUCACGCUAGCAGGCCUCUUCAGGAUAGCUCCGGGAAGUGUGUUAUAUUGUGCCAUGCACCUCGGAAGGAAUACUACAAGAAGUUCCUCUUUGAGGCCUUCCCUGUGGAGAGUCAUCUUCACCAUUUCUUGCAUGACCAUAUGAAUGCUGAGGUUGUUGUCGGCGUUGUAGAAAACAAGCAAGAUGCCGUGGACUAUCUUACCUGGACUUUCAUGUACCGGCGGCUGAACAAGAACCCUAACUACUACAAUCUGCAGGGUGUAAGUCACAGGCAUCUGUCAGAUCAUCUUUCUGAGCUAAUUGAGACAGUGUUGAAUGACCUAGAAUCAAGCAAGUGUGUAUCUGUAGAGGAGGAUAUGUACCUGAAGCCGCUCAACCUUGGUCUCAUUGCUGCAUACUACUACAUUAGCUACACGACUAUUGAACGGUUCAGUUCGAUGCUCACUCAGAAGACGAAGAUGAAAGGCCUCCUGGAAAUUCUAGCUUCUGCAUCAGAGUAUGCAGAGCUUCCAACUCGCCCAGGUGAAGAAGAAUAUAUUGAGAGGCUAGUCCGUCACCAGAGAUUUUCUAUUGACAAGCCCAAGUAUGGUGAUCCACACGUGAAGGCCAACGCUCUACUGCAAUCCCACUUUGCAAGGCACACGGUGGUAGGGAACCUGGCAGCUGACCAGCGGGAGAUCCUCCUUUCUGCCCACAGAUUGCUCCAGGCAAUGGUUGACGUUAUCUCCAGCAGUGGAUGGCUCACUCUUGCUCUGAAUGCAAUGGAGUUGAGUCAGAUGGUGACCCAAGGCAUGUGGGAUCGUGACUCUGUGCUGCUCCAGCUUCCACACUUCACCAAGGACCUAGCCCGGAGAUGCCUGGAAAACAAAGAGAAGCCCAUCGAGAGCAUCUUUGAUCUGGCUGAGAUGAGUGCUGAUGAGAUGCGGGAUCUGCUGCAGCUAUCGAACUCUCAGCUGCAGGACAUCGGCGAAUUCUUCAAACGGUUCCCCAACGUCGACAUGGCUUAUGAGGUCCGCGAGGGCGACGACAUCAGGGCUGGCGACAACGUAACCUUGCAGGUCACUCUGGAGCGUGACAUGGCGAACCUGCCAUCUUCUGAGGUUGGCCCGGUCCACGCCCCCAGGUUCCCGAAGCCCAAGGAGGAAGGCUGGUGGCUGGUGGUCGGUGACGCCUCUGGCUCCACCAAGCAGCUGCUGGCGAUUAAGAGGGUCGCCCUCCAGAAGAGGGCACGUGUGAAGCUUGAGUUCACCGCCGCCGCGGAGCCAGGGAGGAAGGACUACAUGAUCUACCUGAUGUCCGACUCCUACCUGGGCUGUGACCAGGAGUACGAGUUCACCGUCGACGUGAAGGAUGCUGGAGCAGAUUGAUUCUGAAGACAGGGAACUUUUCUUUGUAGCGUUUUGAUCUUGAUGCAGAAACUAUUUACUAUUGCCUGUGUGUAAUAACUGAAGUUCAGCUUAAUUCAGUGUAACUGAGGUGCACGUGUGCAUGACAGACUAUGAGCUCCUUGUCCUUGUGUUUUUGUAUGCAUCUGUUUACGACUUUUGCCUGAGUUUCCAGUUGACUCGGUUACAGAAAGCUCAAUGUAAAAAAGUGUCUUAAAUUUAAA